GUUUAUAAGAAUACAGGGACGAGAUAAGGCACUGAAACAAUCUUUCAUUAUUAAAAAUCUUAAGGAAGAUCAUACCAAACAACAUUAAAACAAAGGAAAAAAAAACUUUCAAGAGAGAGAGAGAGAGAGCGAGAGAACUGCUCGUCUGUCCACACCAAGGAAUCCAUUACACCUCCAUGGUCCACACCAAGGAAGUAUGGAGCUCUUGGUCCACACCAGCCACAGGGCACGCCGCUGCAAAGCAUUCAAUCUCUGCAAGUGUGUGACGGCACUCGACAUCCAGGACAAGGCACUGUGCUCCAUGCAAGGCCGUGUCUGAGUCUUGUACAGCGUGAGGAUGUCGCGAGAGUCAAGGUUUCAUGCAAGGAGAGCUGUUGGUAGGCAACAUCAGCAACCAGGCCUCCCUGCGUGUCUUUGGAUGCCGUGCAAUGGCAUGCCUUGCGGCUGGUGGGAACAGACGGCGGAAGUAGUAGUAGUAGUAGUACAUUUAUAAAAGCAAUAUAAAAGUUAUGUGGUAGUAAAUAUUGUUGUUGUUACAUUAAUAGUCAUGGCAGUGAUUGUUUAGAAAAAAAAAACAUGACAAAAAAAAAAAUGACACCUACAUUUUGAAAAAAAACAAAAAAAAAAAACGUUUCUCACAUUCAUUUUUUUUAACGGGAUCACGAUAUUAACUUCAGGUUGUAUUACACAGAAUUCCUAACCUAUAUUGGCCAGUUGUGCAUUAAACAUCUUGUAUAUCAUAAAAACGACGUGGAAAAAAUAAAAGCUUAUUAUAUAUUAGUACAAGGUUGUGAGUUUCAGAGAGAGAGGGAGAGAGAGAGAGAGAGAGAGAGAGAGAGACAGGGUGAGCGUCCCGCGACCACGAUGGAUUCACGCCGCCUCCUGUACCUCUCUCUUACCAUUAUCUUCCUCUCUACUUCCCUGACUCAAGCUUUGGAGGAUAUUCCCGGCAUAGAUCCAGGGAGGGGGCGUGAUAGGAGGCCCGGCCAGCACCCACGUGAGGCUCCCCCAUCCCCACAGCAGACUGAGGCCAAAGAUUACUACCGCAUGCAGGCCGGGAGGGAGCUGAUCAUCGUGGCGGACCCCAAGAACCCCCUCAGUGUGUUCUGCUAUCGGGGUGAACGGAAGAUGCUCACCACAUUCUUCAAAACCAUAGAGCUUCGCUUGGACAUCAUAGGGGACAAUUUCCGCCACUACGAGGGCAGGAACGCCACGGAGGUGAGGCAGCAGCACAGUGAGGCCUCCUGGUUCACCUUCUACCCAUGGCGCCAGCGAGUGUUCCGCCUGGAGCUGUACAAGGAGUCCUGCGUGGGGAUAGAGACGCCCAGUGGGUACAAAGUGGCUCUCAGGACGCGAUGGGUGGACUUCUGGCGCGUGGUGGUGCUGGCGGGGGCGGUGGUGCUGUUCUUUGCUGCGUCACACCUGGCACAGAACACUUUCUUCCACUACACCACUGGCAUCUCCCUGGGUGUGGUGGGCUCCCUGCUUAUUGUGGUAUAUGUGGUGGCUCGCAUGGUGCCCAAGAAGUCCGGAGCAGUGACCCUAAUGGUGGGCGGCUGGGGGCUCACUGUCUACCUGCUGCAGUACCUCUGGCAGAACUUUGUGUCCAUUGUGAAAGAGCAUCAGGCAGUGGCUGUGGGGUACGUGGUGGUGGCAGGGCUCAUCAGCUUUGCCGUGGUGUACCGGUAUGGUCCCCUGACAGACCAGCGCUCCAUCAACCUGGUACAGUGGAGCAUGCAGCUUGUGGCACUGCUGGGGGUCUUCUUCAGCAGCCAGUACCGAGAAGCUACCCUGGGCUUGGUGCUGGUCAUGGUCACGUACCACAGUGUGCCCGACAAGUGGAAAGCCAAGGCACAGACCUACUGGAGGAGACGCUUUCCCCCGAAGGUGCGGCGCCUCACUGAGGAGGAGUACAUACAGCAGGGGAACUACGAGACUCGGCGUGCCCUGGAGGAGCUGAGGACCUUCUGCCACUCCCCAAAAUGUGAUGCGUGGAAGACAAUCUCGAGGCUCCAGUCCCCACAGAGAUAUGUACAGUUUGUUGGGGGUCCUCAAAGGGGGCAGAGUACCACACCUAAGAGGGAGAGGUUUGCCGAGUUUGUGGAGGGCGGGUCACACUUGGAUGAUGAGGCAAUCCUGUCGUACGAGAGCAACCACCUGACGCCGCUGAGGGAUGAGGACCUGCUCACGACGGAUGAUGAGGACGAGGAGGAGGAGCAGCAGGGGACCACGUAGGGCUGUGCCAGAGAGGAUGGGUAGCAUUUAGGAUGGGGAUGAAUUUUUAUUUUUUUUUUUUUGUGGUAUGAAAUUUGUAUGAUUUUUGUUUGUUUGUUUGUUUGUUUGUUUAAUUUUUUGUGUGUGGUAUGACAGUAAUUGGUAUUUACUUUUUUUCUAUUUUUUCUUUUUUCUUUUUCUUGUGUGAUGUGAAUGUUGUACUUUUUUUACAUUUGUUUGUGUCUUUUUCUCACUUUUUUCUUGUGUUGUAUGAAAGUUAUGCGUAUUUCCUUUCCCCUUUCUUCUAUGUAUGGUGUGAAAAUUUACUUUUUUUCAUAUUUUCCUGCGUUAUGAAAAUUGAUACUUUUUUCGUAUUUUCCUGUUUAGUAUGAAAACUGAUACUUUUUUCCAUUUUCCUGUGUGUAAUAUGAAAACUGGUACUUUUUCCCAUUUUUCCUCUGCAGUAUAAAAAUUGACUCAUUUUCCCAUUUUUCCUAUAUAUGAUGUAAAAAUUUUGCCAUCCAGUGAUGCAUGAAAGCUUCAUAACUUACGGGAGAUUAAGUUACAUAAGAUAAGUAUCAUUUCUUUCUUUCAUGAACAGUUUCUUGGGAGACGAGUGAGUGAUGAGUGUCUUACUGGAGCACUGGUGACGGGUGGGUGUGGGAGGGCUUGCACAGAGGAUUGAGUGCUGUGCUGGGUGGCUGUUGCGUCAAGACAACCUUGGGUAUUAUGACGAAAAUAGUACAGAAAAUUUAGUCCAUGAAACUUACUAACUGCAGAUGCUAAUAAUGGUUAAAAUUGUAUUAGUAGGACAAGAUUGUGAUGGUGGUAAUUCACAGAUUGAAGCAAAUGUUUAUUUCUCUUUAUGUUUUGACAGAGCAUCUUCAGAGAGGGUAGAGAUAAGGGUUGGUGUGAUAGUUUGCUUGUAUACACCUCUAGUGGCACUCUGAAGAAGGUAAUGUUGAGUUGUGAGAGGAAUAAGGUUCUGUGCCAUUCUUUGUGUACUGUAGCAGCUCUGAAAAAAAUGUCCUGCUGAAUUGUCCUGUGCCAUUCUUUGUGUACUCCUCCAGCAGCUCUCUGAAAAAAAAGAUGUCCUGUUGAAUUGUGAGAGAAAUAAGGUUCUUCUGCGUCAUUCUGUGUAUUAUCACUGCAACAGCUUAGGUCGUUUGUGAAAUAAUCCAAAUGCAAGUCAUUGUAUUUCCAAUAAACCGGUACAUGUACAAUAUAAUACAGAUUGGAGUGAAAUAUCAUCAAACAGAACAUAAAAUUAAUACAAAACACUCACAACCAGUGCAGCGUAAGAAGAGAUUAGAGAGCUUGGUCAUGUGAGAUAGAAUACACAACACAAAACACUCACAGCAGUACACUAUGGGAAGAGAUUAGAGUGCUAGGUAAUGGGGUGUCUGAUGCACUGCCCCUCCCCCCCUGUGUCCCUGUGUCCCUUUAACCCCCUUACCGGUGUAUAUAUUCCCACGUCCCCCCCUGUGAGUGGUUUGGGGAUGGGCCACGAUGACAAACGUAGUCCACAAAGGCAGGUAGAUAGAACAGUAGCAAGAAUAGUAGUUAUUUUUCUAUGGUGUGUGUGCUUCAGGGCAUUGUGCAGUACAGGAGGUACAGAUGCACAUUUUUUUAACAGUACCAGUGUGUGAAGAGUUGUUUUGUAUUUAUUUUGAGAAGUGUGUAAGGUUAUCAUAAUUAUGUAGGCUUCCUCAUAGCUUUGUCUUCCUGUGUGCCUAAGUACUGGUGUUGGCUUGGUUCUGCUUUGUCUCUACCUUGUCACGUGUCACUGUCAGUCUGCGGUGAAUAGUGGACUGCAGGAUUCUGUGUGUGCUUCCUCCUCUUGCCUGUUCUCUCUGUCUUUUUUUUUUUUUCACUGUCAGUCUGCAUUGGAUAAGAGUGUUCAGUGUUUGGCUCCUCCUCUUUCUUUUGUCUCUCUAUCUCAUCUUUUUUUUUUUUUUUUUUUCCACUGUUAGUCUGCUUUGAAAAACUGUAUUAUAUGUUUUACUUCCUCUUGCUUGAUCUAUCUCAUCUUUUUCACUGUUAGUCUGCUUUGGAUAAGAGUAUUCAUUGUUUGCUUCCUCCUCUUCUUUUUGUCUCUCUAUCUCAUCUUUUUUCUCUGUUAGUUAGUUAGCAAUUCUAUGUUUUGCUCCCUCCUCUUGCCUGAUCUCUCUGUCUCAUCUUUUUUCACUGUUAGUCUGCUUUGGAUUAGGAUAUUCAUUGUUUGCUUCCUCCUCUUCUUUUGUCUCUCUACCUUUUCACCUUCCACUGUUUCUCUGCACUGAACAGUGGACAAUAGGACUUUAAUUUGUUUCCUCUGCAUGUAAUUUAAUAAUUUUGUGACUUCCUUGCACUAAUAGACUGGUGUGGUCACAUGUCUGGCAAAAUACUGACUUUUUUUUUUUCUCUCUCUCUUUCCUUUUCUCCACAGUCUCCCUCAAACAUACUUCCCGUGAUGGUCUCUAACACUUAAUAUAUUAUGUGUCUGGGAGUGUAUGUCAGUCUGUGUAGCUUAAGGUAGCGUAAGGCGACUCAACAAGGCUGUGUUAUGGAUAAUUUUUUGCAUGUCGGCAGUUGUCAAUUGAAACUUUUCCCCGGGGAGGUCAGUGAGUGUUGCUGUGUCUGGCUGGGCUGUGUAGGAGGCUUGUGCAGCUGUGGUCAUAAGUAGUGAAGCUUGUACCUGUCACUCCUGUAUUUUCGAUUUCCCUUCAGUUUUAAGUCUAAUCUAAAGUCUUACUGAACCUGACAAAUAAGAAUAUCAGUUGUUAUUUUCAGAUGUAUAGUUUGUAUCAUUUACUCCAGUGUUUUGCAUCUCUUCUGACUCCUCUAACGUAACUGACUCCUACAGAACCUGGGCCCAUAUUCAGGAACCCUUUGCUCUCUCACCACCACUAUUUUCAAAGGCCAUAGAGAUGAUUAGCCAGGUUCCCAAGAGUGUUUCCCUUGUUAAUGAUGUACAGACUGUGUUAAUUUGUCACUAGAACUGUAAAAACACCCUUAAAAACCUGUGUAACUUCAACUAGAGCCUUUUGAAAGUAGUGGAGAUGCAGUGCAGAUGUGUUUCAGAGCAUGGUACCUGUCCACUAAGAGAUCAGCACGUCAGAGGACUUCAGAUUAAAGGAAAACACUCAAGACUUUGCAGAAAUUGGUCAUGUUACUUGAUUUAUAUUGACCAAGGCUGUACAUGGAGAAGAAUGCACUGGUCAUGAUAAUAUAAUGUUUUUGUUAGUGUGAAUGUGUGAGCCAUGUCUGUAAACUCUGCUAAACACACACACACACACACACACACACACACACACACACACACACACACACAAAAAAAAAAAAAAAAAAAAAAAAAAGGAAAUAGGUACAGCAUGUUUAUUUGACUAAGAUGUUCAGGCUGUGCAGAGUGAGAAAAAUACACUGAUCUUGAAUGCGAAUGAAUGCCAGGGCUAGAUGUGUCUAAAUACAGUCUGCCAAACAUUAAACACUAAAAAAAAUAAAAAAAAUAUACAUUGAUCUUAUUUAUGUAUUUAUUAUUUUUAUUAGAUUAUUUAUUUACUUAUUUAUUCAUCUAUAUUUAUUUAUUUAUUUAUUAUUAUUAUUAUUAUUAUUAUUAUUAUUAUUAUUAUUAUUAUUAUUAUUAUUAUUAUUAUUAUUUUAUUUAUUUAUUUGUUAUUUAUUUAUUUAUUUUAUUUAUUUUUUUUUUUAUUUAUUUAUUUUUUUUGACGAGUAUGAGCGGGUAAGGUGUGUCUUCCUGCAGUCUGCCAAACAAACACCCUACAAGCUAAUUAAGCCGGUUUGUGGCCUUGAGUAUGUGCUCAAAAUACUUUAAUUAGAUUUAAUGAUAGGUACCAGUCCUGUGUAUUGGUGAUGUGUUUGUCAUAAUAAAUGUAACAUGAU